AUUCCACCCAGCCUCGGAAUAUCGACUCUCUAUUGCGAGUGAAACAUUGAUCUCGUCCACCUCAAACAAUACUAAUUCAUCGUCAAGUUGGCCAUUAGCAUGGAACUCUGCUAAGACCUUCCUUGCCUCUUCUGCCCUCCCCUUCGAAAGCAAAAAACGUGGAGAUUCUGGCAUGAGUGGGAGCAUUCCGAUCAAGAAGAACGGUGCAACACAUUGGAUGAGCGAUGGGAUUCUCCAACACCAAGAGUUAUUCAUGUGGCCAGAGCCAAAGGAUCCCCAGGCUGCGACAAUUGCUCCCACAUACCAAAAUAUGUUGAAAAAUCCGAGAACGGUUCCUCUCUGCCUUGGGUGCGCUAACUCGGCAACCAUGGAAGGCCCAGCGACGCAAGUGAAGCUUAUUCCGAUUCCAAUAAGCCCACGGCCGACCAUAAAUUGGGCAUAGCCAAAGGCCGACGUCUGGAUGAUUGCACCAACGAGAGUGAACAUUGAUCCGAUAUACAAUCCCGCUUUUCUUCCAUAGAUAUCGGAAACAGGAGAUGCGGGAAAGGAGCGGAUGAGUCCACCAACGAAGAUGAUCGUGGUGAUGAGACCUAUGCGAGAAGCAUCCGGGUUCGACAUAUCUGAAAAAUAAUUUCAUCAGACUCAUUUAGCAUGGCUGAGAAAGGUGCAAAGUCAACAUACCCUUCAACCAGGGUUCCAUAGCCUGAAAGUUGCCUACGACUCCCUCAAUAUAUCCGCAAGUCAUUUGAGCUGUGAUAACGCAAACAAUCAUCAAAUUCAACUUUAUCAUCCCCGGAUCUUUCCACCAUUUUGGAUUAGUGUUGUUGCGGAUUGUUUUGCUAACAUCUGGGCGGGAAGGUGCCAUGUUGCAUUGAUUCAGGCUCCAGAACCGAGGAAACUUCAAUAAACAGAAGAGCACAAUCGGAAGUGCCGUUCCUCUUCUAAUUGCAAGAUUCCGUGUAUUGUCAUCACUGAUAUACCCAAAGCCCCACUUCUCUUAUCAUCACUUCCUUCGCUAUCUCUGUACUGCAUAUAUUUCUGGGGUUAGGAUAGAGCACAGAGAUACUACUAUGAAGACUCACGAUGGACAUUAAAAGCGGCAGAACAGGACCAUCCAUAUUCUAACAUCCUGGGAUGAGUCAAGUGAGCAUCCCAGAAACCUUGAAUGCCUCAGAAAGUUAAAUUGAAUCUAUAAGAACUAGCACUUUCAAGUAUUCAACACGUCCAGAAUCAUGCUUUCAAUCAGUCCAAUUAAUCAGCCAAAAAGAAGUGGAACAGCAAGGGCAACAAAUCCGAACUGCCGGGGUUUCUACGGCUGCUUUUAUUGUCCGUCACGACAUUGAUGGGAUAUGUUUAUCCUUUUCCUUGUCAUCGAUAUAGAUAUCUUCGGAAUUCCGUAUGAAGAGUUGCGUCGUGGAGUACUCACAAUUGCUGUGAGGUUGUUGUGAAGAUAAAGUUGGGCCGCGGGCAGCUUGGGCGCGGCGCAAGACAGGCAGGUUGGCCGCACCUACCACCCAAUCAGCAUGUUGCAACUUUAUAUGAGUAGAAAGUACUGUAGUGGUUUAAAGAGCGAUCUACUAUCAAACCUGGGAUAUCAGGAACGGAAUACAUAUGUGAUCUUGGACAGUGGGGGUUGAUGCCGCGGCGCAAGAUCUCGAGCUAUGUCUUUAUACUAUUUCAACAAAUCGUGGCAAACCGUUCAAUACAACACACGUUUAUUAGGAGCUGUAUUGUGGCAAUACAUUUUCAACAAUUUACAAUAUAUAAGCAGGACCUCUUAGAGUUUUAAUCUCACUUCUUCUGGCUCUCUAAUCAAAUCCUUUCACACAGCCAUUCACCGGAGUAAUCUAACCUAGGUUACAUUUCCUCAAUUCACUACACACAACCAUUCCAAGAUGCCACACGCUAUUCUUCCUGAUGUUUCCGAGACUUAUGGGGAUUGGAGAGACCAACUCUUCCAAGAUGGCUUUGCGAUCAUCAAGAAAGCGGUCCCUACAGAGCGCGCAGCAGGAUACGUAGAAGAGAUGACAAAAUGGCUCGAAAGAUUUCCCCUCGGAUUGGAUCGCAAUGACCCCGCCACAUGGACUGAAGAACAUCUCCCGGCGCAUAUGAAGUAGGAUUACCUCCUCGUCAAAUGAAGACUUUUCUAACCCUGUGAACAGAGGUGGAAUGUAUCACGGCUACUCUGUUUCCCACGAGAAGUUCGUCUGGGACGCCAGAAUGGAACCUGGGGUCCUCGAUGCAUUCUCCAAAAUUUGGGGCACGUCAGAACUCCUCGUCUCGUUUGAUGGCAUCAAUAUGACGCUUCCACUUCCCGAUUCUACACGUCCUAAGUCCCCGCGCUGGCCACAUCAGGAUCAGGAUAGUACGAUUCGUGGCUUUCAAUGUGCGCAAGGGAUCAUUAACCUUGUUGAUAAUGGUCCCAACGAUGGUGGUCUUGUAGUCAUGAAGGGUUCUCACAAGUUGAACGAUGAGUUUUUCAAGAGUCAUAGUAUGGAUAAGAAGGAGAAGUGGGGCAAAGUACCUGAUGACUGGCAUGGAUUUGACGAUGAUGAAAUUGAGUGGUUUGAGAAGAGGGGAUGCGAAACUAUUAAGGUUGAGUGUGAGGCUGGAGAUCUGAUCGUGUGGGAUUCGAGGACGGCACAUUACAUUAUCUUGCCUGAAGGAAAGCAGACGAGGGCUGUUAUUUGUAGGUUGCCCAGUAUUUCCUCAAGAUGAGUCUUCAAACUGACGAAUUAAAGAUGCUUGCUAUACUCCAGCGGCGUUAUCAAGUCCCGAGGAGUUGCAAAGAAAGAAAGAAAUCUUCGAAAAGAGAGAGCGUACUGUGAGUGGCGUACCUUCACUUCCGAAAAUUGAUUUGCUAAUUGUUUUCAGACUCACUGGCCUCAUCGAAACUUCUGGAGAUCGGCUGAAAUAUUGAGAUUUGGGAAGAAGGAUCCUUACCAUCGCGAUCUCCCUUUUGUGGAACCCGUCUUAUCUGAUAAGCUGUUACAGUUGGCUGGGGUGAAACCGUAUGCAGCAAAAUCUUAGAUAGUUCUGUAGUCAUAUACUACUAUUUGAUAUUCUUAACAUAUUAGAAAGUAUUAUUUUCG